UUUGUUAUUCAGUGUUCAGUUUUAUUAAAAAUCAUGAACACGUACAACGCUGCAACUUGGUCUCAUACUUCGAACAGCCGUUACACCAAAAACCAGGCAAUGUAGUGUGUCAGACAUAUAAGGGAAACAGGGGAGGAGUAGGAGGAGGAGCAGUGAAACAUUUAUUCAAAAGUGAACUCCUAGCAAGCCCUAGUGAAAGACAGUAACUGAUCAUUGUAGAAGGUCCUGUAGAUAAGUUUACAUUAAGAUAUUGUACGGUGGUAAUCACAGAAUGUCAGACAACGCAGCAUUGCUGAUGGUCCUCUUCUUUUGCCUCUGUGAAAAAGUUGUGACUGACCCAGAUAACCCGUCCUGCUACAGGAUUGAGCCUGGCACCAUGGCUGGCAUAAUCAUUGCAGACGUGAUCCUGACCAUUGCCAUUGUCAUUGUCACGUACCACUGUGCCAGCCGACGCAGACGUCGAAAAGAGAGGGCUGAUAAAGUCUACAUGAAUGUCAGGGCAAACUGCAAAACAUGAGAAUCCUCAGCAAGCACCAGAAUACAUAUUAAACAUAUUUGUAUAUACUGUGCAAUCUUGUUUUACAUCAUAUCUGUCAAUACGUUCUUGUGAUUUGAUUUGAAGUUUCUUUCACUGCCACCUCCCGGUGAAAACUCAAAUCUACACCUUCAGAUGUAAAAAAUCACACUGAAAGUUUGAAUUAUUUCAAGAUUUACUCAAAUAAAAAGGUGAAACAGAUGCA